ACUGCUGUGUGUUGUUUAACAACAAGUGCUCAGUUUUUGUUCACUAACUGUCAUUUAUUGGGUUUUAGCACUUCAAUUUUGAUCAUUUUGUUGGAAAUACCACUCACGGAAUAUUUUGGGCGAGUUUUAGCUCAGAGAAAUGAGCCAAACGCGCGUUAGCCCAACUAAUCGUCCGACCAGUGCAGCUGGGCUGUCAAUUCACGACGAGAUGGAAAUGGACCGCAUUGUGCAAGAAGAACUGGGCAGACGAUCGACCAAUCGGCCUAGUAGUGCCCAAUCUAGGCACGCUUGGCAUGAAAAUGAAGGCAUGGAUAUGGAUGACGGGCCUCUGGACAACUAUGGAAAUGACAUGUACCCUGACGAUGAUGACCAUGCCCCAACCGCCAUGGAGAACGAAGUUUACGUUGAUGGAACUAUGAGGGUCAUGGAUGCACAGACAAAAGCGAAAUUGGAAGAGCCGCGAACUGGCUGCAUGAAUAAAUUCAAACGUGGAAUAAGAUCAAUAUGGAAAACAAGACAAACUGAAGACACUAAAACUGACAGAGAGUUGCAUGUGAAAACUACUUUGAGGGAACUUAUCAUCUAUAUCCUGUUUAUUAUAGUUCUCUGCAUUGUGACCUUUGGAAUGACCAGUUCAACAAUGUACUAUUACACUAAAGUCAUGUCUGAGCUGUUCCUGGACACUCAGUUCCCGGAUACGAAGAACACAUUCCGUGGCAUGACAAAUGCAUUGGAUUGGUGGAGGUUUGCAGAGGGUCCAUUGGUCAAUGGCUUGUAUUGGGAACAAUGGUACAACGGUGAAAACUUGACUGAGGAGGAAUUGGGAUUUAUAUACUAUGAAAACAAAUUACUUGGAGUACCACGUAUCAGAGAGCUGAAAGUGCGGAAUAACUCGUGUGAAGUUCACUCUGAUUUUGAAGAUGAAAUCAAGUAUUGCUAUGAUGAGUAUUCAGAGAGUGUUGAAGAGAGAACCCCAUUUGGGAAAAUGAAUGGCACAGCAUGGGAGUAUUCAACUGAGGAGGAGCUAGAUGGCUCUAGUCACUGGGGGCAGUUGGCCACUUACGGUGGAGGUGGGUAUUAUCUGGAUCUCAACCAUGAUAAAGCAUCAUCGCUGGAAGAGAUUUUAGAACUAAAGGAGUAUCUAUGGUUGGAUCGAGGAACUCGGGUAGUGUUUAUAGACUUCACUGUUUAUAAUGCUAAUAUCAAUCUGUUCUGUGUUAUCAGGUUGGUGACUGAGUUUCCUGCCACUGGUGGCGCUAUCCCGUCGUGGGAUUUCCGUACAGUCAGAUUGUUGCGUUAUGUGGAUACUUUUGACUACUUUAUCAUGGCCUGUGAGGGCAUAUUCUGCCUUUUCAUUGCCUACUACAUUGUGGAAGAGAUCUUAGAAAUUAAGAUGAACAGGUGGUCUUACUUUAAGAGUGUAUGGAACUGUCUUGAUUUGCUGGUCAUUGGGCUGUCACUUGUCUGCAUUGCCUUCAGUGUGUAUCGUACGAUGGAAGUUGCUGAAAUGUUAAAUUCACUGCUAGUCAAUCCAGAAGUCUAUGCUGAUUUUGAAUAUCUCAGCUAUUGGCAGUCGAUGUACAACAACAUGCUGGCAGUGUUAGUUUUCUUUGCUUGGAUUAAGGUGGAUAAUCUGUUCUAUGCCAAAUUUGACAUAUUCACUGGUUUCACCCUGUUCCGUAUUAUCCUGGGAGACUUUGAUUUCCAUGAAUUGGAACAAGCUAACCGUAUCAUGGGUCCCAUCUUUUUCUGUACCUAUGUGUUCUUUGUAUUCUUUGUACUGCUGAACAUGUUCUUGGCUAUCAUCAAUGACACCUAUAGUGAGGUGAAAGCAGAUAUUGCUACCCAGAAGAGUGAAUUUGAGAUUACUGACUACUUCAAGAGGGGUUAUGAUAAAAUGCUUGGGAAGCUGAACUUCAAGCGUGACAAGAUUGUUGACAUUCAGAAAGCACUUGCCCAAGCUGAUAUCAACAAUGAUCAGCAACUAGAUUACGAUGAGUGGAGACAUGAACUUAAAGCUCGUGGUCAUGCCGAUGCUGAAAUCGAGGCUGUUUUCGCCAAGUAUGAUGUUGACGGUGAUCGUGUAUUGGAUUCUGAUGAACAAGCUAGAAUGGCAGCUGACUUGCAAGAGCAAAAGGUACUACUGAGUCGCAGAGUUGAUCGUAUGGAGCAUUCUAUUGGAAGCAUUGUCUCCAAAAUUGAUGCUGCUGUGAAAUUGGAAGCGAUGGAAAGAGCAAAAUUGAAACCGGAGACCAUGGGCAAAUUGUUGGAUAGUAUUACCGAGGAUGAACGUCAGGGCCGCAGUGAGGAUGAUGGCAAACGUGAUCAGAUGGAACGUCUAGUACGUGAAGAACUAGAGCGCUGGGAUUCUGAGGCUUCAAUCACACAGGCCAGUGGGCGAGCUCAGAGUGCCAAUAGCAAGGCUGGCAGUGGAAAGAAGUCCCGCCCAGGAAGCACUGCUUCAAAUCACAAUAUCUCACUGGACCCGGGAAACAUGUCAACCAGCAAUGUAUAACUGCAAUCAGAAUAUCACAUUCUACUUAUCAUUAAUCCAUCCAUUUUAUCUAUGACAAAUCUAUGUAUAUAUACAUAUAUAUAUAUCAUACUUAUAGUGUAACUUGAGCAAUAUUUCAAUGUUGAUGGU